CCGCAGUGAACCCUACACGGGGCUCAAACUCACGAACCGUGAGAUCACGAGCUGAGCUGAAGCUGGACACUCAACCGACUGAGCCCCCGAGGUGCCCUGAAAAAUGUCAGUCAGUGGGUUGAUGACUUACUUGUUCUACUGACUCUGGAAUGAAGGGUUUUUGUGGCCAGAUCAUCGUUUGUCGGGAGUCUGCCAUGACAAGUGUCCAGGAAUGACUGGGUCACACAUGGUGUUUCUCACAUUCUCUCUGGUCAAACGCGACUUGUUUGCAAUUAGGUAUAAAGAAUCGAGGGGUGACCGCGUUCACGGGUGGACUCAUCUGCCCAUGAGAGAGAUAUCGCUCUUGCAGCCAUGACGUGGCCAUUCCGUAAGUGGACCUGCUGGCUGUCCGUUCACCUCUGGUGCCUGUUUGGGGCCCUGAGUUCAGCGCUGAUGACGAGGAACUCGAGGCCCAAUAUUGUGCUCCUGAUGGCGGAUGACCUCGGGGUGGGAGAUGUCUGUUGCUACGGCAAUAACACAGUGAGCACACCGAAUAUCGACCGCCUGGCGAGUGAGGGCGUGCGGCUCACCCAGCACCUGGCGGCUGCGUCCGUGUGCACCCCGAGUAGGACUGCCUUCCUGACCGGCCGGUACCCCGUCAGAUCAGGGAUGGCGUCUCCCUUCAACCUGAACCGCGUCCUUACCUGGCUCGGAGGCUCGGGCGGUCUGCCCACCAACGAAACCACGUUCGCCAAGCUCCUACAACAUCGGGGCUAUCGCACGGGACUCAUAGGCAAAUGGCACCAGGGCUUGAGCUGCGCCUCUCGGAACGACCACUGUUACCACCCGCUCAACCACGGCUUCGACUACUUCUACGGGCUGCCCUUUGGCUUGCUUAGUGACUGCCAGGCGUCCAGGACCCCCGAGCUGCACCGCUGGCUGCGUAUCAAGCUGUGGAUGUCCACGGCGGUCCUCGGCCUCGUGCCCGUCCUGCUGCUCGUCCCCAAAUACGCCCGCUGGUUCCCCGUGCCCUGGAAGGUCCUCCUGGCCCUGGGCCUGCUGGCCUUCCUCUUCUUCCUGUCCUGGUACUCCAGCUACGGGUUCACGAGACGCUGGAACUGUAUCCUGAUGAGAAAUCACGACAUCGUCCAGCAGCCCAUGCGCGAGGAGCGGGUAACCUCCCUCCUGCUCAAGGAGGCCCUCGCCUUUAUCGACAGGUAUAAACGCGGCCCCUUCCUCCUCUUCGUGUCCUUUCUGCACGUGCACACCCCACUGAUCACCAAAGAGAAGUUUGUGGGGCACAGUAAAUACGGGCUCUAUGGAGAUAACGUCGAAGAAAUGGACUGGAUGGUGGGUAGGAUCCUGGAGGCCCUGGACCGGGAGCGCCUGUCCAAUCACACGCUGGUGUACUUCACGUCGGACAACGGGGGUCGCCUGGAGGUGCAGGAAGGCGGGGCCCAGCUGGGCGGCUCCAACGGCGUCUACAAAGGUGGCAAAGGAAUGGGCGGAUGGGAGGGGGGCAUUCGUGUCCCAGGAAUAUUCCGGUGGCCGACGGUCCUGGAGGCUGGGAAAGUGAUUGAUGAACCAACAAGCCUAAUGGACAUUUAUCCGACACUGUCUUAUGUAGGUGGAGGGAUACUGCCCCAGGACAGAGUGAUUGAUGGCCGGAAUCUAAUGCCCUUGCUGGAAGGCAGGGUAUCCCACUCGGACCACGAGUUCCUCUUCCACUACUGUGGGGUCUACCUGCACACAGCCAGGUGGCAUCAGAAGGACUGUGCAACGGUGUGGAAGGUCCAUUACGUGACUCCCAAAUUCUCCCCGGACGGAGCUGAUGCCUGCUAUGGAAGUGGAAUAUGUUCAUGUUCUGGAGAUGUCACCUACCAUGAUCCUCCACUGCUCUUUGACAUCUCGAGAGACCCUUCUGAGGCCCGGCCUCUUAGCCCUGACAAUGAAGCCUUAUUUGACUCAGUGGUCAAGAAAAUCGAGGCGGCCAUAAAAGAGCAUCGCAGGACUCUCACACCUGUCCCACAGCAGUUCUCUGUGUUCAACACCAUUUGGAAACCGUGGCUGCAGCCCUGCUGUGGGACUUUCCCUUUUUGUGGGUGUGACAAAGAAGAUGACAUCCUCUCUACGGCUUGGUGAGCAGCAAGGGCCCACUUGUUACCAACCACCAACACACUGUUACAGACUUCAUGGAAGCAGCUCUCAGCUGAUUCCUCCCUUCCUUGUGGGAUGAAUAAUUAUGCCCUCCGCCAUCUUUUUUAACCCUCAGAUUUCAGUUCUUUCUUCAAGUCACAUCCGGGAGCUUGACGAAGCGAAAAUGGAUCUGGACACCAGCGCCCCUGGAGUAGAGAACUUGUGUCAUAUCUUUAUAUCAUCGUGUCAUUGUUCAAGCAAAAAGGUAGACCUAGGAAACCUUCUGCAGAUUCUUAUGGAUCCGUGGCGCUUAGGAGAUGGUGAGACAUGGUCGGACGGACGGCAUCGUUUUUACGUAGUUGUGGUAGAAACUUCCACUCGGGGAUCUUAAAUCCAGAUGACUUAUUUUUGUAAUCAGUCAUUUCGUUUCAGCCUGAAGCAGAUGGUGUUCAUGAUAGUGGAAGUGGUCCCACACUACUUUUCAAUUCUUGACUUCCGGUCUUUUCUUCUUUGCUUCUCUUCCCGCUUACAUAAUAAAUGCCCGCCUACAGGUGUUGGUUCUGAUUCCUGGCAA